AGAAAUGCUUUGAGAAAUCAUCAUCAUUUUUUACUUCAAUUACGAAUGUCUUUUUUGCUAUUCAUUUUGUUUCCCAAAAUCAUCAUCAUCAUCAUCGAUUAUUAUCAUUAAUAAUAAUCAUGUUACAAUAUUGUUGUCCAUCGAAUGUUUGCCAAAUUUUUCUUUCAUUUCGUUUUUUUUGUUGUUUUAAUAAAUUUUCAAAUUCAUUGUGAUUUUGGGAAGGAAAAAUUACUGAUCAUGGCCAAUUUUAACUAUGUGAAUAAUAAUGAACGAACAAUAUACAAUAAUGAACAAUUUAAUCCAAUGUAUUUAGACGAACCAAUUCGUUUGGAUACAAGUCCAUAUAAUCGAAGAUUUUCACAAAAUGGUGAUUCAUAUAUGGCACGAAGAUAUUCAUCACCACAAAUGGGUUAUUAUGAUCUAAUUACCGGUGAAUAUCGAUAUCGAUCGGAUAAUUAUAAUCAAUCAUCAUCAUUAUCAAAUUAUAUUGGUGAAACUGAACCACCAAUGUGUGAAAAUACAUGUAAAUGUUGUCAAGUAAAAUUACCAUUUAAUUGUUUAACAAUUUCAUUAAUAACAUGUUUAAUGUUACUUAUAAUGUUUGGUCUUUUUCAAGCAAUAUUGUCUACAUCUAAUUCAAAAAAUCCAGUUAAUACAACAAUAUUUAGCGAUAUGAUUUUUUUAAUGUCUUUUUUAUCCGUGAUAUUUUUCAUACUAACUAUUAUACGUUAUAUUUGUAUUGAAAAAUUUCAUCUAUGUAAUAAUGGCCUAUGUUAUCGUUUUCAUUUAUUGGGCAAAGUAAUUGGUGAUGUAUUUUCAAAUGAUAGUUCAAAACAUAUUUCCUAUAAUAGUGGCCCAAAUAUCGAUGUUGGUGGCGAUGGUGAAGAAUUUGUCUAAACAAACCAGAAAACAAAAUUAACCUUGUACUUUUCAUUAUAAUUCGAAGAAUUAGAAUUCAUUUUUAUUUCAAAUUAUUAUUGUUGUCCAUUAUCAGAUCAACAUUCAUUU